AAACCGUCGCCUAUAUGUUAUGUCGCCAUAGUAGCGCAUCUGUCAUUUCAAUAAUUAUAUAUUACAAACAAGCCUCAGAGAGAAAUUUAAAUCUCUUAGCAAAAAGCGAAUGUUAAAUUUGCAAUUGUUCUACUUUUGAUGGUAACGGUCAUAUAUCGAAAUAAACUGAUUGGCUUCGUUCGACAUUAUUAAAUUUUAUCGAAACAUGCGAGGUUAGAAUAGCAGUGUACAGAAAUAAAGGACAGCUUUUUAUAUUUCUCUAUGAGUGCUGACUUUGCGAUGCAAAGAAUUAAGCAUCAAAUUCCGUUUUGCUAACGUGAUGGAGUUGAAAGUGUGGGUGGAGGGAAUACAACGUAUUGUAUGUGGUGUUACUGAGAGCACUACUUGUCAAGAUGUAGUAUAUGCGCUUGCUCAUGCUACAGCUCAAACAGGUAGAUUCACUUUGGUAGAGCGUUGGCGAACUAAUGAACGUCUGUUGGCUCCUUAUGAAAAUCCUCUUAAGAUUUUGAUGAAAUGGGGUGAAUAUUCUUCAGAAGUUCAACUAAUUCUGAGACGUUCCACAUCAGAAAAUAACAAAACAAGUGCAUUACCAUCUCGAUUAACAUAUGCAUCAAGGACAAAUGGAUUACCAAUUUCAUUAUCUGAACAUGGAACAGGUACCACUACUGUGCAAGAUGAUACCAAAAAUAUAUCAACCACACAAAGUUCAGAUUUUGAUGAUAUACAAGGAGGAUUGGAAAGGAACCGAGAUACUAGAAAAUCACUCACAUUUAGUGGAUUUCAUGGAGAUAUUACAGAAGGCAAUACAGAGAUUCAAAUGGAAAAUAAUGUAGCUGUAGUUCAACCCACACCACAUUUAAAAAGCAAAGAUUUGAAUAUUCGAAAAAAUAUACAAAAACCUCAAUCACCUACAAGAGGAACUAAUACUGAGAUCACAAUACAUUCAUCACAAAAAAAGGUACGUGAGGUUCCACCCUACAGAGAGCCUCCAGGUCCAGCUUCGCCACCAUUACGAACUUUACCACCUUAUCGCGAUCCACCACCGCCGAAUUUAAACAGUCCUGGAAGAUCGCAAUUUGUGCAUAGUGGAAGUUCUCUUGUACACAAAGACGAUCAGCCAUCCUCUAGUAAUUCCAUAAAAUUAAAAAGAAAUCUCAUUCAGGAAUUCCAAGAUACAAAAGUACCUACACAAUCUGUUAAUCCACUCCCUGCAACAGCACAAAAUAUAGCAACUGUUGCUUAUACUCAACGUUAUGUUGAACUCUUAAGACUAGUCAAUAAGCAGCGAGAUACUAUUAAUGCUCAACAAGCUGAUCUCACAAAGUUUGAUGCAGAAAUAUUGUAUUGGGAAACAAAGAAUAGGGAACAAAUGCAUCAAAUGGAUUAUAUUUCCCAAGAAAUGAAUCGCAUUGAAUCUACCGGUCGUAUUAUCGAAGAACAGCUUAAAGAAUUAACUCAUGUAGAAGAAGAGAGCGAAAUAGUUAGACAGCAAGAAAAAACACUGAAAUCGGAAAUAACAUUGCUUAGAUCAAAACUUGCCAAUUGCGAAACAGAGUUGCUUCAAUGUAAAAAUAAGAUUCGGCUAGUUAUGGAAGAACUUGCAAUGGAACAACACAAUAUAAACCGUGAAACAGAUGAACGGCAAAUUAUGGAACGGAAAAUAAUUAGCGAAGUAGAACACUUACAAAAUGAAGUAGAACAGGCUAAACGUGCAACUGAAUUAGCCUCACAACAUGCAGAUUCUUUAAAAUUAGAAGUAGUUAACUUGGAGGCAGCCAUUGUUGAAAAAAAAUUGCAAGUAGAGAGAUUGGUAGCUGACAUGAAGGAGGCGAAUUUGCAAAGUUUAGCUGUUGCAUGUUCAGAUGAACAAGUCAAACCUUUAUUGGAAGGUUCCCAUAAACCUGGAAGUACUCGUAAAAUGAUAGGAUCACCAAGACAAUUGGAAACCGCAGUGCCCACAAGUAAAAAUCCACAUGGUGUGUGGGUGUAAAUAAAGAAAAUAGCAUACCUGACAAUGUUAUCUUAUGUGAGACAUAUAUCAAAGAAUAUAUAUAUCAAAAUAUUUCUCUAUUAAUAUUGUUUCAGUAAGUACUUAAAGUAAUAUCUUUAUAUUUUUAUGCAUUUAUUGCAGUAAGAUUAAUUAAUAUUAUGAUUAUAUAUGUAUUAUUAUGUGUCAUUAAUAAGUUCUUAUUUUUUACUUGUAUCAUAAUGUAUGUGUGUUGUCUCAAUUAUUCACAAGAUAUUUGUAAGAUUGUUAAUCAAAUGGUUACAUAAACCACUCAUAUAUUUUUGAGAAUGCAGUAUAUUCUACAUUCCAUCAUAUACAUUUGCUUGAUAAAUUAUUAGGGAAAAGAAAUUUUUAUUUCAAAUAUUAUAUACAUUUGUUAACACAUUUUGUCUUUUAAUGAUAAAGAAAAUUUUCUAAAUGUUUAGAUUAAUUCUAACUUAUGUAUGUAGGGAAUUAAAAUAUCAUUAUAUAAUAAUUUCAAAUAUUGAAAUUACGAGAUUAUAUUAAAAUUGUGAAAUAUAUUAUAUCACACGCUUAUAUACUACUAUAUUUGUUAAACAAAUAACUAAUUUUAAAAUCUCUGUAACAAUAAAUAUUUUGCCAUAAUAGAUUUUAA